CCUGGAAUGAAUUAAUGGAUUGAAUGUCGCAAAAACCACGGAAGCUCCAACGCGUUUCGAAAGCCUGCGACUUCUGCAAUAGGCGCAGCAUCAAGUGCGGCAGAAGUGAAGACCCGUUAGGCAGGUGUCAGAAUUGCGCCGAUUUUGAUGUCCCGUGCACCUUCGAUCGCCCCGCAAAGCGUCGGGGCGUCAAGGCUGGCACGAGGGCUCCUAUGCGCGAGACGCCGUUGGUGAGAACCCCUGGCUCUGACCAUGCCAUCCCUGUGGCUACUGCGCCGGCAACAGGGAGGACGUCGGGCUCCUCUGGUUCGAGAAGCUCGUACUACCCUGAGUCUGCGCAUCGCCCGUCCUUGACUGGUGAUCCCUGGUCGACGUUCAACGUCGGCGGGGUAGCAGCGGAAGGGUACGAUGAUGACGGCGCUUUGCGCAACUCUUGGAAUGCUUUUGCUAUUGCUAGUGAUCGCCAGAUCCGAAAUCUUGUGCAAGUUUAUUUCGAGAUCGUUUAUCCUAUUUUCCCGCUCUUCCACAAGCAAUCUUUUAUUGAAAGAGUACAUAAUCAAGAGCAUCUUCGAGACCCGGGAUUAUUUGCCUCGACCAUGGCAGUCUGUGCUUUGGUGUCUGGCCGCGCACGAGAUGGGGCGCUGUUCACGAACAGGUGGCACCGCGAUGAGCUGGCUGAGCCGCCAUCAGAAGCCUUUUAUGCAGCGGCCAAAGACUCCAUCCCACGAGACCUUGCCUCAGCCAAGGGCAUAAAUUAUAUGCGCGCAUGUGCUAUUCUUGCCAUUGCCAGUAUUCAAAAUGGCCAGAUAAAGAACAUGCAAAAGUUCUCCGGCAUGUAUCAUACUUUGACCAGCAUGGAGGGACUUCACGACGAGAAGCUAUGGCCGAAGCAUUUGACUCCUAUUGAAACUGAGGAGCGACGGAGACUAUUCUGGUCCAUCUACACUCUGGAUAUCUAUUCUAGCAUCGUGUGGGGCGGCGUGAUUAGAUAUCGUGAAGCUCACUCUCUGGUACGAUAUCCAAGUGAAAUUGACGACGAGUUCAUCACAGUACACGGAUACGGCAUGCCGCCCGUGUCUCCAGCGUCGAGCGUGCUCAGCCCGGGAGAAGUGAGGGUAGUCUCACGGCAGCCCCUAGCAUGGCUUCGCGGCUGGAACUUCACUACGGAUCUUUAUCGGAUCCUUGAACAUGUAGUGGAUGGCAACCGGCGUCGCUUCUCUUCCGCAAACGGGACUGCACAGGUGUGGUCAUUAUUCAGCCCAGCAUCGAUGUCAGAAGAAGCAGUGAUGGACCGGGUCUAUUCCAUGUACGCUGCACUGCCAUCACAGUUUAAGGAAACUCCUCCUACUACUGGCGACAUGGCCAAAGAUCUAUUCGGGUUCCAGUCUGCCAAUAUCACGGCAACUUUACAGCUUCUCCGCAUGGUGCUUCUCUCUGCGGAAGAACUUGGCGUUGAUCGCAAGUGCAACGUCGCUGGAGAGCUGCUUAGUGUUUUCAGCAAGGUUCCUGUGGAGUACCUCAAGGCUAUCAGCUCGCCUCUGCUUCACCAUCUCGGUGGAAUAGGAUACAUCCUCGGCUCGGUCAUGGAAGGAAGUCUAUCAGAAGCAUCCUACCGCCGAGUCCGCACAUUGCUUCUCGAAAUGGCCGACCUCCUAGGCCGUCUAGAAACAGGUCUCCAACGCGCAGCCGGCGCCAGCGAACGUCUCCGGUCCCAAGUCGACCGCAUCGACGGCUACAUGACCUCGCGACCAUUUAAUCACCAAACAGGCCACCAUGCCCCGAACCCUAAUGAAGUCCCCGUCGACGUGAAACCCCAUAUCGCCAUGACAUCCGUACCAUACAUUCCCCCUAGUGGACCGCCAGGCCCGGCACCAGGCGCACCGCCCAAUGCUAUGGGUGAUCAGAUGAUGCAGUUCCAGAUCCCACCGGAGCUGUUGUCGGAUUGGCCGUGGCCGUUGGAUGGUGGGGGUAAUCCGGAGGGUUUUUUGCCUCUGGCGUUUGAAUGA